CAGCCGGUUAGCGCUGGCCGCGGCUACCAGCCCGUUUGGAGGACUUGCUCCCGAUUUUUAUGCCAGAAAAAAAAAAUUUUUUUUUUCUCUACCUGCUCCCCUCCUGCGGGCAGCUCGGCACAGACACGGGAAUGUUUAUCGGAAACGUGACGUUAGGGACGGGACGGCCCCAACCGCUGGCUGGCUGGAGCAGCCCGGGUCUGAGGACCAGCGCGGCAGCAGCCGCCUGGCUGCAGCACAGAGCUGCUGCGUUACCGCCGCCCUGGACUGGGGUCAAAACUAGAUUUCCCAGAACGCAUUAACUUCUGUCACUGUUCUUCCAGUGCUGUCUGCCCAUACUGACCUCCUAAAACUCUGCUUACCCAUCUGCCUCAAACGAGGAGCCUUUGUGGGGGUUUGAAUAGCUCAUAAUUAACGUCCUCGUUGGCAAAUGCAAUGGAAGAAGGCAAGGCUGAAGAGGUGCAGGGUAUUCUUCAACUGAACGUGCGAGGAUGUAUGUACACAGCCAGGCGCGAGUCUCUGUGCCGCUUCAAGGAUUCAAUGCUAGCUUCCAUGUUUAGUGGACGUUUUCCUCUAAAAGUGGAUGAAUCUGGGGCUUGUCUAAUUGAUCGAGAUGGAAGCCUAUUUAAAUAUCUUUUAGAUUAUCUUCAUGGAGAAGUUAGGAUUCCUGAAGAUGAACAAAUUCGAACUGCAUUGCAGGAAGAAGCAGAUUAUUUUGGCGUCCCUUAUCCAUACAGCCUGUCCGACCAUUUGGCCAAUGAAUUGGAGACAUAUUCUUUCAGGUCGAACAUAGAACUUAAAAAGGCUUUGUUAGAUUUCUGUGAUUCUUACGAUUUAGUCUGCACCAAGCCUACAGUUUGGGUCCUGCACUAUCUCAAUACUUCCGGAGCAAGCUGUGAAAGUAAAAUUAUUGGUGUGUAUGCCACAAGAGCUGAUGGGAUUGAUGCAAUUAAUAAGGAGCUAGGAAGGAAAAUUAAUAGUAAAAGCAUUUACAAAAGAGAAGCUGGAAAUAACGUCCAGUACAUCUGGAGCUAUUACUCAGUCGCUGAAUUGAAAAAGAUGAUGGAUGCUUUUGAUGCCUGGGAAGGGAGAGGUGUCAGCUACUGGAGGGUGCCCCAGGAGCUGAUUGAAUGUUGGACUCUUGAAGAACGCCCUUUGAAAGGCAGUUUGCAUCAUAUGCCUCCAGUUCAUAAAAGACGAUUAAUUGACUUUACUGAAGAAGAGGAAGACUCUUUACCCUGUAAAGUGGGUCCCAAGCCAAUUAGAUUCUCAGGGCCCUCAACAAGUACCCAUAUCAAAGUCAAGAAUUCAGCUUCAUUAAAGGUAGCUGCUUGCAAUGCUUCAGGUUCUGUGGUAACUCUGAAACGACCCAACAGUGAAAGUUUGGCGUUGCACAAAGUAGCUUCUAAAACUGUAUCCACAAUGGGCCCAUCAGUGCCCACCAAUUCGCAAGCAUCUGGUGGAAGGCAGAGGGCUGACAGCAGGAAGCAGUGUCAGAUGACUUGCAAGAUUUCAGUGUCUAGGAAGCCUGCAAGCAACCGUGCAGUAAAGCUGAAGCGAACUCCGCUUUCUCUUGUGAUGCCAUCUCAGUCAUCUUUAAUAUCCAAUAAAACAUGUGAACAGGACAGUGCUGCUGCUGAAAUUCCUACAACUUCUACAGUACUAAACAAGAAAGAACCAGCUGUAUCAGCAGCUGGUAUUAACCUUAAGAAUGAUACAGUGGAUGGAUAAUCUUUCACUCAGCCUGAAAGACUGGAUAGCUUGGCAUCAUCUGGCCAAAGAGAUAAUGAUCUCAUGUUAACAUUUAUUCAAAGACUUAUUAGACAAUUAAUGAUGAAAAAAUAAUGAAAAGGGUAGGGAGAAAUGGUUUUAAGUGGGCAGUGACUUGUUUUCUGCUUUAUUGCUAAAUAUAUUUAGGAGCUGGGAAGGGAGGAAGAAACAGGGCUUUAAAAAACUCAAAACAUAGCAUUGUGCAGUCUAAUGUGAUGGUAUCUAACAUCUGUAUUUCUGUCGGGCUGUACUGGUACAACUAACCUUUUUAGAGGGAGUAUGCACAUGGCAUAAAAAAACUGUUUAUCAACUUUAAGUACAGUUAGUUAACAUUAAAAAAAACCCUGAAUCUAGAGUUAAAUUCCUUAAGCAAUAUAUUUAAAUUGGGAAAAAUAGAUAAGAAUAAUAAUUAAUAGUAGCAGAUAAAAGUUUGUCAUGAGUUUGUGAGAUAUGGAGUACUGCAAAGAUUUCACAAGUUGAAUGCACACUUAGUAGUACUCUUUGGAGAGGAAAAGUCACCAUUCUGUUAUUUAACAGCAGUUAAAGGGACCACCUUUGCUUGCACAUGGUGAGAAAAUUAAGAAAUACAGGGAGGGAGAAGCAUGCCUAGUGAGUAAUAAGGCAGCUUUUUCAUAGGCCUGAGACACGCGUACUGCUUUGCUAAUGAGAUGUGGUCUGCUGUUGGCAGGGUGUUCUGCAGGGAUCACAUUGCUGCAGGCCAUGUUUUCUGCAGCUGCAGGGAGGCUUCAGGUCUGAGUCACCACUGGCUGGCGUUACUGUGUCCUUCUGUAGUUCUUUUCACAUACAGGGCCCAGGAUGGACAGACAGACAAUGGCAACAUCAUGUAGCAAAGCAGUGUAACAGAAGUGUCCUGGCUUAAAGAAAGAUAAAAUAACCCUUCCUUCCCCUGGAGGAGGAGGGAGGACACACUGGAUUUCUUCCUGUCCUCAGUUGUACCAGGGUAUAUUUUGAGUAACGAUACUGAAGUGAAGAAAUGUUGCAUAUCUCUGUCAUCAGAGGAAAGCAGACUUUGGUUCAUUCUUUCUAGUUGUUUAAACCAAUGCUGUUUAACAUUUGUUUUAAGUUCUGCAAACCAGGCUUCUUUUUAUGCCCUUAUUUGUUGCUUAGAGUUUCUUUAUUUUUCUUUUUUGUUACUGCUUUUGCUUUUUCAACACAGUAAAUACAGCUGGCCCUAAAUGUUGAAAAGACCUGUCACAUUGCCAAAAUGAAAUGGACUUAAAAUUCCUGAGACUACUAGAAAUACAGAAGGGUUCUUUAAAUGUUUUAUUUUCUGGGUCAUUUAGAAGAGAUUGCAUUUUUAGGCUUUUCUUCAUAAGUGCCAAGGCUUGAAAUUUCAUUUGCACAAUUAAAAAACCUAGACUUUCAUGUACUAACAUUUUUAAAGAGAUAACUUUACAAUAUUUACCGUAAAGGUGAGCAGUACUGUAAUUUGGUGUCAUCAGUUUGUAUACUGAAGGCCAGUUUACUCCUUGAAUUUUUAAUUUUUUUUUAAUAAACCUAAAAAACAACCCCAAAGCUCUUCCUAUCCCCUCAACAACAAAAAAGUUUCACUGAAGUAAGAAAAAGGCAAAGAUUAUGGAAAGAUACUAGCAUAAUAUAGUCUGCUGUUUCUGUGCGACAUUUACUUCAAUACUUACUGAAUAGGUGAAGAGUUUACCACAUACUUUUAAAAUCUUUUUACAUUGUUUCCUAAAGCUGAUUUCCUUCCUCUUCGGCAUGUGAUGAAUUAAAAAGACUUCUAUAAAUACCACACUAAAGUGCUCCAAAAAAAUGGACUUAUUUUGCAUGUGUGCGAGAAAAAAGUUCUGAGAAAAAUCCUUUAGGUCCGAGUUGGCACUAGCUCAAUGUUUCUUUAAUCUUCUUGAUAGUACAAUAUUUUUCAAGCAACUUUCAUGUCAUUUGCAUUACAGUGGCCCACACAGUUUUCAGUGGCUUUAAUGAAUUUUUUUCAUUGCGCUAGACACACAGGCUUGUGGUUAAAACCAAAAAACAUAGGCCCUGUAAUUUGGAAAUGACUCAGUAAGCAGGUGAAACGGGAGACUGGCUGUGGUGGGGAGGUAGAGCAAGAUUACUAUUAUUUUUUUAGAGACUUGAUUUUAUUGUUUUGUUUGUUUCUUAAACUAGAUGAGAUGCAAACAUAGAUUUAAAAGGCUAUGAGUAGGCACUUCUGUUGUAUUUUUAUGCUCAUGAAGCUGGCUAAUAGUUUCUCAUAACUAAUGGACUGAUGCUGAACACUUUCAUGACAGUUGAAUAGAAUUAACCUUCAAGGUGAUUUUGUCUAAAGCUUCAAGCAUAUCCAUCCAAAGCCUUUUAAAUGUAGAAGUAAAAUGGCACUUUGUUCUUUCUGUGAGGCUGAUAACUGAAAACAAAUGCAGAAAUGAAGCUUGCCAGUCCAAGGACUAUUCAUCUCUUAUUGUGGUUAAGAGACUGUGUUUUUUGAGAGGCUGGAACAAGGAGCAGAAAGUCAGCAAGUCUGAGUUUCCUGCAGGUUGAAGCUUCCUCAAAACUGCAUGUUCCCAAGUUGCUCGAAAGUUUGCAGUUUUCUUGAUGUUACACUUAUCUAACUCAACUGAAGUGGUACUGUCUGGUAAUGCACCUGUGCUGAUAAACUGUGAUACACUCUACAUACCAGUUUGAUUGGGGAAGCUACUGUACAUGAGCUACAGUUUUCCAGUUAGGAUUAUACACACUGUCAAAGGGUGCUUGACAGUGGCUUUUUAUCUUCAUAAAAUUAUCAUUCAUUAGAGAAGAAACUAUGUUCAGAAAAUUACUUCAAUCUAGUAAUCUAAUGAGUAGUGGUAUCUAAUAGCUGUGUUCUAAGGAAUGAAAUAUGUGUUACCAGUUUAGUUUGAUGCAUUACAUCUUUUUUCAUAAACACUGUCCCUUUUCCAGUCAUUUAGUCCUCACUUUCCCACUGUUGUCUUUCCAAACAAACAGUGAUAUAGGUUCAUUCAGGUUAAGGAGACUGGAAAAAUACCAUAACAAGGUAAUUUCUAGAGAACAACUCCCACGUGACCGAGCAUGGGGGGCCUGGGGUGCAGCAGGCAUAUUAUCACCAAGAUGUGAUUCAAACAGAUGUCAUUCUGUCUGUGUGAUUCAGCCAAUGGAGAACUCUGUAGCUGAUGUAAGCAAACAGACAUUAUUUCACAUGAUAGGCACGUGUUCCCACUGAUCUCAGGGAGAUCUCAGCACUGAAUAUUUAUGUCUUGUUCCUAAUCAAGCUACCUCUUUUAUUCUUUCGAACUGUUCCAGUCAUUUACCCAGUCAGCUCUCCUCCAGAGCAGAAAAGUAUUCUUUUAAACCCAUUUCUAUUAAACUACUUAGCUAAUAAAUACAAUGUGAUUCAAAUUUUACUAUGGCUAGGAAGAAGAAAUACUAACAUUUCCAUCAGCAAGAAAAUUUCAUCUGUUUAGUUCUUCUCAAUCUGUGAAGGACAAAUUCUCACCUGAAAAAAACAGGAGGGUCUCCUGCAUCAUCAAAAACUUGAAGCUGCCUGUUGCUUAGAUGCAGUUAAGAGUUGAAGUGUGGUAAGAAGUAAAACACUGUAAAUACUCUGUGCUGGCAAAGCCCCAGAAAAAUCUGGAUGGAUUCUAAGCAAUAUCUUAGAGGAGAGUACGUAGUGAAACAGGUAUGAUUGUUACAGACCUUGCUUUCUGAGCUUUUGGGGUAUUCCUCCUUACACAUAUUUCUUCUUGCCAAAAAGUCUGGCUGUUUAUACCAGAACUUACCUCUCUUGGCUGAAAAGUUACUUUGCACGUUCACCAGGCCACCUCAUCAGCUGUGUAAUGUGCAAGGAUUUGGCCAUUUUCAAAUUUGCCCCUUUCAUGUGUGUGUCUUUUAAUCCAUUCUAGUUUCUGGUACAACAUCAAUGAACGUUUUCCUACAGUUUGUUUUAGCUGAUUUCAUGGUAAAUAGCUGUCACUGUUAGUGUUCUCUGGAGUUUCCAGAGUGUUCUAACUUGCAGUUGAUGCAAUACUGUAUUAUCUAAAAUUUCUGGCAAUAUUAUAUCCUCAAGUGGGCAGUUAGCAGUGGUACUGGAACCUGGGAUCUAUGGAGCCCAUGCAGCCUCUGCUCUAGUCACAAGUCCAUGAACUUAAAGCUUAUUUAAAAACUUCUCGUGCAGCCCGGUCACUACAUGAGGCAAGAGACUCGCAACAGGAACUGCCACACAAGCUCAGGCCAGGCGUUCCCCUACAACAGCAGUGUGCAGGGAAGUGCUAUGAGCUCCAGGCGCAAUGUUUCCCUUUCAGAAUUCUUAGUUACAAUUUUUGAGUGAUGUUUUCAAACACACAUAAGUGAUUUUUUUAACCUUUUUUUCAAACACGCCUAAAUCACUGAAGGUUUUCAAAAAGUUUGGCUAUGUCAACAAUGUUACAUUCUGUUUUUAGUUUUCUAACUGCCUAUCUGGUCCUUUAUUUCACUGAGUUCUGCCCUUAGCCUCAACUUAAUCUUACAGAAAAGAUAAAUGAAUCCAAUCUGCUUUAAAAUACUGCUCUUUGAGGUGUAUUUCCCCUUUCAAAAGAGUGUACAAAAGGCAGUGGGUGGUUCCAUGUUGGUGUCUGAGCAAUUCCGAACAGCUGUGUUUGCUUUAAAAAUUGGGGUCUUUUUAUAAUUGCUAGACUGAAAAGCUGAAAGUCAAGCUCUGUCCCGCCCUUAAGAAUUCCCUCACUGACCCCUGUGCAAGCCCCUCACAUGAAGAGGAAUACCACAUGUAUGGCUCUGUUAUUAUUAAAAAAUGAAAACUAAUUCUGUUGAAGAUGAGCACAAGAGCAUCCAAUUAAUUACAAGUAUUUUGACCAGUAAAAAGCUCUUAGAAAUUGGCAGACACAAUUCCAAGGGUACAGAGAGACACCAGAACUGAAAGAUGACAGGAUACUGUUCUGACAAAACCAGGUUUCAGAGCCCAGCCACGUAAUGUAGUUAAAAUGUGUGCUCCAAUACUGAAGCACAUCUGGAGUGCUAAGACUGAUGCGUUCCAAGAACCAGCCCACUGUCCAGCUAGACUAAACUCACACAUGUAUCCCGUAUCACAUAAAAUGUAUCCGCAGCACACUCGGAAGAGAAAUGCUGCCUCUCACCUGUUAGUCCUGGAUCUGUCAGAUACUGAGCCUGCAGUACAUCAAAGGACAGCUGGUACUUAAGGGAGCGGUAGUCCUGUUGUGCUGACUUACGAUUUAUCUUACGGAUUUUAUUUAUUUUGCAAAAGCCUGUUUGUGAGGAAGUUUGACUUACGGAAAAGAAUAACUUCCAGUAAUCCUGUUAUGUGGAAGAGCUAUAAAGAAGGAGUAAAAAUCAUUGUAAAUAAGUUAGUUAGACUUUUUUUUCUGGGUAAGAAAAAAAUCUCUUAAUGAGAAUAGAAGUUUCACAAAUUAUUUAAGCACAAUAUAACAAGCUUCCUGUGUAAUAUCUGCAUGGAAUUCAUAAUUGCAUCCCUUACAGCGAGGCACUGGACAAAUUUUGGAAAAGCUACCUUUCUGAUGGGUGUGCACAACAGACUUUCAGUUCCCAAAUUCUAGAAUUUCCAUUCCAUAUACUUAAAUAUUCAGCCUAAAAGUUUGAUAAUUAACCUAUAUAGAAGCAGUGCUUGUAAUACUAAGAAACCCAGUAUUUACCUAUGCAUUUUUAUUUUUCUUCCACCAGAGUUCCAGAUGAAGUGGAGCUAUCUGCCUUUUAGAACCAUGUGUUACCAAUAUCCACAUGUGAAAAACUUUACAGAUAUCAAGAGACAAAUAAAACUAAGUAAAACUGUCCAUAAGGAAUGGGCUUCACUUUACAUUUUGAGUUAAUUUUUUGAGUACCGCACAGAAAAAGUAGAACUGUCAGUACUAAGGAAGUGUGCCGUCAGCUAACAGAAAUCAGGCAGAGGAAAAUGGCAAAAAGCAAUAGCAAACAAAUAUCUAGGAACAAACUUCAAGUGUUCUGCUCUUAUUGACCUUAGUGGGAAAUAAGACUGUUAAACACCUUUGUGAAUCUAACACUCAGGCCUCUAGCUCACAUGAUGCCAGGUUUGGAUUCUGACACCUUACUACAUUAAGUAAUAACUUACAUUACAAGUACGUCCAGCGUCAGUGGGGCUCUCAUGCAGGAAGGUGCUGUUCCGUGCACUUGUGGUAGUAGAAUUUCGUCAAAAGCAAAAGCCUGGUCCAAUCCAAACUCAGCUGAAAGCCUCCCACUGAUACCCACUGAAUUAAGUGAAUAUAGAUGGAAUAAGAUCGCAAGUGGUUAGGUACUGCAAAGCAGCAAACGCCAUAAUAUUUUAGAAAGGAGAUUUUAAUUUUUUGGAAGAAACAAGUUUUCUGAAAUACAGAAUCAGAACAUUAACACUAACUAAGUUUUUUACUUUAAUAGAAAACUCAGAAGGAUGUGGUAACUGCUCAAAUAUGUACCUCCACGUUGUGCUGAAUGCUGCUGUAACAAAUUAGAGUCAUAGCUCUUGAACAGGACAGAUGGUUCCCACAGCAAAAUUAUAGAAAAAUAAUUUGGAUUCAAGUCUAGAACACCGGUAACUUCUCAUAUGCCAAAAAGAAAAAAAAAAAAAA